GUGAAGCCAUAGAUAUCUCGCGCCUCGACUUCACUGCUCACCUGGGCGGUACAGGCAUAAAAGGAGCAAAUGCCCAUGAUCCAGUUUUCUUCACGCGCUCGUUGAGGGAAGGUUUGUUCGAUCAUUGCAGAUCAGCGAAGCAAACAGAAGACACUUCAAGACUGCUCUGUGACUCGGUGCGGCGACUACAAUGGCCCAUCUUGAAAACAUGGACCGGUGCUUUGAAAGUGAAGGGAGCGGAAGUCGCGAAGCGAUGGCAAAGCACAGCGACAACAGACUGUCCAUCGCAUUGGGAGAAAGACGCUACAAGCAUGAUAGUCUCGUACAUGUUGCGAGAGGUAUUGCUGAUCGAUUAGAUCUUGCUCCAACCAUAAAGUUCGGCCAAUGCGAAAAACAUUUGACCAAGAUGAGCAUUGAAGAAGGCGAAGAUUUGUGUAUAGGUGCAGAACGUUCAAUGUUGCUCUGUAAAAGACAAGUGCUUGCCAUCCAGGGCAAAUAUUCAGAAGUCAGCCAAGAGUUGGAGGAGCACGACAUUCAAACAGUGACCACCGACGUUGCUCGCAACCUGAUCGAAAAGGUCUGCCUUGAAACUUGUCGCAAAUUUAGCAAUCUACGGCUGGCUGCCGAAUUCAAGAUUGAAAUUCAUGAGUAGCCCCUUCCCCCAGAUGCGAAUACAAAGAGGGUGGCCAUUCUUGAGCUGGGCCUGCCUGUCAAUUGCGCGUUUGAGAGGGCGACUCCGGGCACGCAGGUCGCCUGCGACGGUUUCAUUAAAUAAGAUGCCUCUAGGACAAUAGGCGGAGGCUCAGGCCUCGACAAGAGCCUAAUCGAAUGCCUCAAAAAGUAGAUGGCUCAAGUCCAACGUCAAGGCAAAGAUAUUGCAAAGACGAAUGUUGGCGCUAUGCUGGAGGGCCGAAUUUUAGAACGCAGUAAGU